CGGGGCCGGGGCCGGGGCCGGGGCCGGGGCCGGGGCCGGGGCCGGGCUGUGCCGUACCGGGGCGGAGCGGAGCAUGUCGGCGCUGCGGCGGAAGCUGGGGGACGAGUACCAGGUGGUGAGCACCUCGGCCAGCGGCGGGGGGCUGCCGCCCCCCCGGGCGGCCCCGCGGGGGAAGCGGCAGCGGUUCGUGGAUAAGAACGGGCGGUGCAACGUGCAGCACGGGAACCUGGGCGGCGAGACCAGCCGGUACCUGUCGGACCUCUUCACCACGCUGGUGGACCUCAAGUGGCGCUGGAACCUCUUCAUCUUCAUCCUCACCUACACCGUGGCCUGGCUCUUCAUGGCCUCCAUGUGGUGGGUGAUCGCCUACAUGCGGGGCGACCUGAACAAGGCGCACGACGACAGCUACACCCCCUGCGUGGCCAACGUCUACAACUUCCCCUCCGCCUUCCUCUUCUUCAUCGAGACCGAGGCCACCAUCGGCUACGGGUACCGCUACAUCACGGACAAAUGCCCCGAGGGCAUCAUCCUCUUCCUCUUCCAGUCCAUCCUGGGCUCCAUCGUGGACGCCUUCCUCAUCGGCUGCAUGUUCAUCAAGAUGUCCCAGCCCAAGAAGAGGGCCGAGACCCUGAUGUUCAGCGAGCACGCCGCCAUCUCCAUGCGGGACGGCAAGCUCACCCUCAUGUUCAGGGUGGGCAACCUCCGCAACAGCCACAUGGUCUCCGCGCAGAUCCGCUGCAAGCUCCUCAAAUCCCGCCAGACCCCGGAGGGUGAGUUCCUCCCGCUCGAUCAGCUGGAGCUGGACGUGGGCUUCAGCACGGGGGCCGACCAGCUUUUCCUUGUGUCCCCGCUCACCAUCUGCCACGUGAUAGAUGCCAAGAGCCCCUUCUACGACCUCUCGCAGCGCAGCAUGCAGACAGAGCAGUUUGAGAUUGUCGUCAUCCUGGAGGGCAUCGUGGAAACAACAGGGAUGACGUGCCAAGCCAGGACAUCCUAUACCGAGGAUGAGGUGCUCUGGGGUCAUCGGUUCUUCCCUGUUAUCUCCUUGGAAGAGGGGUUCUUUAAAGUCGAUUACUCCCAGUUCCACGCGACGUUUGAGGUCCCCACCCCACCGUACAGCGUGAAGGAGCAGGAGGAAAUGCUGCUCAUGUCCUCUCCCUUGAUAGCGCCCGCAGUGAGCAACAGCAAGGAAAGGAAUAACUCGGUGGAGUGCCUGGAUGGUCUUGACGAAGUUGGCACAAAACUACCUUCAAAACUGCAGAAAAUAACUGGGAGGGAAGACUUCCCCAAAAAACUCCUCAGGAUGAGUUCCACCACCUCGGAGAAGGCCUACAGCAUGGGGGAUUUACCCAUGAAACUCCAGCGGAUCAGCUCGGUCCCCGGGAACUCGGAGGAGAAACUGGUGUCUAAAACCACAAAGAUGAUGUCGGAUCCCAUCAGCCAGUCGGUGGCCGACCUGCCGCCCAAGCUGCAGAAGCUGUCAGGCGGCGGCAGGAUGGAAGGGAACCUUCCACCCAAACUGCGAAAGAUGAAUUCGGACCGCUUUACAUAACCCGACGGGACUUCUAGCUACCGUUUAGAGCUUGAACUGCUACUGGCAAGGGCAGCGUGGGCAGGAGAGCAGGCCCUCCACCAGCCGUAUGUGUGCUAAACUCUGUGGUCCCCGGCACGCCGGGAGGCAGGAGCAUCCCCUCGGUAGCGGUGGCUGCGCUGUAAGUACGAACGACGGGACGACCGGCGAGCUGAUGUUCAUUGGCAUGUAGUAUCACAACACGCAUGCAAUAAUAGUGUGCAAUUUUUGCAUAUAGUUUUAUGGCAUGACUCCUACUAUAUUUAUACUGUAUAUUCUGAAAAAUAGGGAAAGGGGCGUUCCUUUCCCCUGUAUUUCUUAAGAGUAAGUAGUAGGUAAAACAUGCGAGUGGGUAACUUUCAGGGUAAGUUAUAAUUUGAUUUGAAAAUGGGUUUGGGGUUCUUUUUUCUGACGUGGAUCGUGAUGUUUUGUUCAACAAAGUAGUUAUGGUGCAUGUCUGUUUUUCUUAAAAGAAGGUGUAUUAGUUAAUUCCUAACACCAAAUCUGCUAGCCUUAAAUUAACUGCUGGUUUCUAUUUUGCUUUAACAUUUUCUUGGGGUUUCUUUUCCUGCCUCUAGGCUACCAGAAAAAAAACUAAAAUGUAUUUCAUAAGGCAUUGUUUAGAGAAGAAACUUGUAUGAAUAAGCCUAGGCAAAACAAUAAAUGAAUGAAUAAAAUUCACACUUUAGAUACGGUUAGUAAAAAUUUUUAAAAAUCUUGGUGAUUUAUAAUAUAUGUGCAAGAAAACCAUUUUAAAUAAGCAGGACAUGCUUGAUUUCUCAUGUUGCUAGAGUAGCUAAACAUGAAAAUAGCUGAAUGUCUCCAUGAAACCAAGCAGGCAUUUAUUCUGGACGAACUGCACUCCAAAGGCAGAAUCGCAAUUCCCCCUAACUCCGCAGCGCCCGGAUUUCGCUCCCUCUUGCUUUGACGGCCCAGUUGGGCCAGUUGCGAUGCAGGUGAUGGUUGCGGGAGCCGCGGUCUCGCAACCGGAGCUGUGCGGAGUCGUGGCAAGUCCCGAGCCCGGGCAGGCACACGGCUCCCUGGCCGCUGGCUGCUGGCAUCGCUCCUUACUGCUUUCUCUAUGGUGAAAAUAAUGUUUAAACACGUUCUUUAACUGAAGUUGACCCUGUGGGUUUCAAAAUGAGUAAUACUUUGUAUAAAUGUUUGGUUUGAUAUCCUUCUGUGCUUGUCUUCGGGUUUCCUUUUCCAUCUUGUUUUGCUCCGGCAGGGUCGAGCCGGGAGGGCUGGGUGUUGGGGGGUUGCCCCCCCUCCCAUCAUCGUGGCUUGCGGUGCUGGAGCACCCCGAGCCACCCCGGACCCCCCCCAAAAUGUUGAAGGUCGGCUGUCGCGUGCCCAGGGGCACCCGUGGUCUGUGGUCUGUGUUUGGGGGCCAGGUCACGAUGGCUUCCCGGGGGCUCCUUCUUGGAGGAGGGGGUCUGGGUGAGACGGAGCGAUGGGCGGCACGAGCUGGGUACGAAAGCCACUGCCAAGAGCGGCCAGGAAAAGGGCUCUGCGUGACAUCGUCUGUACGUAAAACCCUUGAGACCACAGCCAGGUGGUCCCAGACGCGGACAUGCGUGUGACGUAGCUGCGGUCACGGACGGGCACUGCUGACUCGCGGGCUCGGGACCGUCCUGCACGAAUGCUGACGCUUGCUACAGUAAGUCAUAACAACAGGUCUGAUGAUCUUUGAGGAAAAAAAAAUUGUUUGUUAUAAAUGUUGGCAUGGAGUAAGGACUCAGAAACUCAGCACUGCUGGAGGGUUGGCUCAGACACCGCUGUGGCUCAGUGCUUUCCCUGGAAGUUGCAGCGUAGGACCCGUCAGUUGUACACCCAAGGACUUUAUACUAACUUCCAAAGUUUCUCUUCAUGGUUUAUCAUGAUUUUUGAGUGGCACUGCAUGCUUUUUACACCUUUGGCUAUACUUCAAUUCUCUGCACGUUAUUGUUGAAGGGAAGGGUGUGCAUUGCUCCCUGUGUGCUGGUCCUGUGCUCUACGUGCGCAGUGAGCAGAUUGCUGAUGUGGCAAGGUAAAAACUGGACUCCUGUUCCCCUGUUUGCUAACACUUCCUCAGGUUGUCUUGUAAAAUACCGCUGAUUUUUGUACCACACGUAACUCUUCUACCAGUCCUUGACUGACAGCAAAAAUAGCCAUGUACAAUUGCCAGGUGUCAACAGUAAAAUCCCCACCAAGUUCAAACCAGAGAGCCAAGAACGUUAAUUGGCAUGGUAAACACUCAGCUAGUGCCACAGCCGAGUGAUGAGUCCUGCCAGCAGGCUUGAGCAGAUUGGUCUGGUUUUGAAGGAAGGGUCUCCAGCAGCUUGACUUCUCCUCAAAAACUCCUUUUGUUAUUUUGGGGUGGAUGGGGGACCACUGCCUCCUUCCUGAGGUGCUGCUGGAGCAUGACCCAGCCAACCCACUGCCCUGCUGUGACACUGCAGUUGGACUAGAUGAUCUUUGUAGGUCCCUUCCAACUGAAAAUAUUCUAUUCUAUUCUAUUCUAUUCUAUUCUAUUCUAUCCUAUCCUAUCCUAUCCUAUCCUAUCCUAUUCCCCUGUGCUGCCCCCAGUUUUGUGGCUCUGGUACGGAAGCGCUGGUGCAAGGUGGGGUCCCCUGGGGGUUGCCCAUCUUUGCUGAGUUCUCCUGCCAUCAGCUUGGGGGAUGGCUCAUGGUCUGGUUGACUUUUCUUUAUGGAAAAGUAAAUGUGACAUGUCCCCAGACUAAGAGCAAUGGUGUUUCACCAGCCGUGCCCCAGGGCCACCAGCAUCCUCCCUCCCGAAAACCGUGGGGAAGGUGCCUGGCUUCCCGUGCCUUGGCAAGGUAGCUGCUCAGCGGCCGCAAAGUCCUGCCUUCGGGAGAGCCAAGUGGUGUUUUUCUUUGGGAAACUGUGUACAAGAUUGAAUUAAGUAGGAGCAGUGUGGAUGUGUUCUACAAAUUGAACUUAAAAUAGGUGACAGAGAGAAGUGCUGUAGCUGUAAAAUAUAUUGGCAGUCUGAGUGGCUGCAGCUUACUCAGUGCCUGUGUAAAAAUAUCUGAAAGUAUGUGAAACACUGGAGAAGUAGCCUCACUUUUAUUAAAUUAAUGCCAUAAAAAAUAUUAAGUUAUGAUUAACUGAAAAGUUUGAUUUUUUAAAUCAAAAUAUGCACCUGUCCUUGCUGGAUGCAAGAUUUCUGAGGCUUGUGGCUUGUCUUGCAAUGCGUUAUGUAUGUUAAGGUGACAAUGUAUGCGUCUUUCAUUAAUAAGAGUGAAAGUACAAACAUGGAUGAUAACUUUCUUUAGUUAUUUAUUUUAGGAAGUUACUUCUGAUUAAUAUUUCAUUUUUAUUGCUGUGGCCACUUUUUUUUUUUCCUAAUUAACAUUUAGCCCAGCCCUAAUGCUUAUGCUAAGAAAAAGUAACUGUUUGAUUGCACAGCCGGUCUGUGUUCUCUACUGCUGAAUUUAUGCUUGAAUUAUAUUGUAAAUUGUACAUAUUCAAAUUAGAAUAAACUAAAUGCAUUUUCUGGCAUGCAGUCUAUAACUGUAUAAAUGUACAAGUUUAUUUGAAUUAUACAAAAUAACAAACUCUUGUAUUCAUUAAUACUGCAAGCUCAGUUUUAUCUAAAGCUAUAUUAAACUUUCAAAAAUC